AUGCCUCAAUGGAGUCGUCUACUCGCUGCUGCUAAGGCCAGAACCGUUGCACUAGAACAGUGUGCAAGAACACAAAUCUCCUCUACCGCCCCCACUGAGACCGUCGAAGGCGAGGGCCACGCUCCCGCCGAGACGCAGGUUGACGAAGUCUCACAUGCUUAUGGCAAGGAGAGCUUGGAAGCGAGUAUACCAUUUCAUGCAUUACCCAUAAUCGUCAUCAUGCCUGGUUUCUCACAAGCUUGCGACCUCCCCGCCUGGAAGGAGCUCCAGGACCACCACAAUGCUCUUGGACGCAACAUUGUCUUGAAGGAGUACUUCCAGAAGGACCCUAAGCGCUUCGAGAAGUUCAGCCACACCUUUACCAACACCGUUGACAACCAGGACAUCCUCUUCGAUUUCUCCAAGAACUUCCUCACCGAGGAGACCGUGUCUCUUCUGGUGAAGUUGGCCAAGGAGGCCAAUGUUGAGGAGCUCCGUGAUGCCAUGUUCCGUGGCGAGCACAUCAACUUCACCGAGGACCGUGCUGUCUACCACGCUGCUCUGCGCAAUGUCUCUAAGGAGCCCAUGCAAGUCGACGGCAAGAGUGUGGUUGAGGAUGUCCACUCCGUGCUUGAGCACAUGAAGGAGUUCUCCGAGCAGGUGCGCAGCGGCGAGUGGAAGGGUUACACUGGCAAGAAGAUCAACACCAUCGUCAACAUUGGUAUCGGUGGUUCCGAUCUCGGUCCUGUCAUGGUCACCGAGGCCCUUAAGCCUUACGGCCACCCCGACAUGACCCUCCACUUCGUCUCCAACAUUGACGGUACUCACAUUGCCGAGGCCCUUAAGCACUCUGACCCCGAGACCACCCUCUUCCUGAUUGCCUCCAAGACCUUCACCACUGCCGAGACCACCACCAACGCCAACUCUGCCAAGUCAUGGUUCCUCCAGUCCGCCAAGGAUGAGGCUCACAUUGCUAAGCACUUCGUGGCCCUUUCCACCAACGAGCCCGAGGUCACAAAGUUCGGUAUUGACAGCAAGAACAUGUUCGGUUUCGAGUCCUGGGUGGGUGGCCGCUACUCCGUGUGGAGUGCCAUUGGCCUGUCUGUAGCUCUGUACAUUGGUUACGACAACUUCCACCAGUUCCUGGCUGGUGCCCAGGCCAUGGACAAGCACUUCCGCGAGACUCCCCUCGAGAAGAACAUUCCCGCUCUUGGUGGUCUCCUGAGUGUCUGGUACAGCGACUUCUUCGGCGCCCAGACUCACCUGGUCGCUCCUUUCGACCAGUACCUCCACCGUUUCCCCGCUUACCUGCAGCAGCUGUCCAUGGAGAGCAACGGCAAAGCCAUUACCCGCUCUGGCGAGUACGUCAAGUACACCACCGGACCCAUCCUGUUCGGUGAGCCUGCCACCAACGCCCAGCACAGUUUCUUCCAGCUGCUGCACCAGGGUACCAAGCUCAUCCCGGCCGACUUCUUGAUGGCCGCCGAGUCUCACAACCCCGUUGAGGGUGGCAAGCACCAGCGCAUGCUGGCUUCCAACUUCCUCGCCCAGUCCGAGGCCCUGAUGGUCGGCAAGACCCCCGACCAGGUCAAGGCCGAGGGUGCCCCCGAGGAGCUUGUUGCCCACAAGACCUUCCUAGGCAACCGCCCUACCACCUCCAUCUUGGCCCAGAAGAUCACCCCCGCCACCCUGGGUGCUCUGAUCACCUACUACGAGCACCUCACCUUCACCGAAGGUGCCGUCUGGAACAUCAAUUCCUUUGACCAGUGGGGUGUCGAGCUGGGCAAGGUCCUCGCCAAGAACAUCCAGAAGGAGCUGGAGACCGCCGGCGAGGGUGCCAACCAUGACAGCUCGACCAGCGGUCUGCUGCUCGCCUUCAAGGCGAAGGCUAACCUGGCAUAG